UGUCAACAGAUGGAGUGAGCUCAUGUGUAAGCUGUCCCUGAAGGCUGUGAAGACCGUGUUGGUUGACGAUGGCGCUGGUCAUAAGGAGAUUGAUAUCAAGAGAUACAUCAGAGUUGAGAAGAUCCCCGGGGGUGAAAUUGAAGAUUCCAAGGUGUUGGAUGGAGUCCUCCUUAACAAGGAUGUCACACACCCAAAGAUGAGAAGGCUCAUUGAGAACCCAAGAAUCAUCUUGUUGGAUUGUCCACUGGAGUACAAGAAGGGGGAAUCGCAGACCAACAUUGAAAUCACCAAGGAGGAAGAUUGGAACAGAAUCUUGCAGAUUGAGGAGGAGCAAGUCAAGCAGAUGUGUGAAACCUUGCUCUCCUUUAAACCUGAUUUGGUGAUUACAGAGAAGGGUGUUUCAGAUCUGGCUCAACACUACUUGCUAAAAGGUGGUGUCACCGCAUUGAGAAGAACCAAGAAGUCUGAUAACAACAGAAUUGCCAGAGCCACUGGUGCCACAAUUGUUAAUAGAAUCGAAGACCUCCGUGAGUCGGAUGUCGGUACCAAAUGUGGGUUGUUCAAAGUUGAGCUCAUUGGUGAUGAGUAUUUCACAUUCCUAACCCAAUGUCGUGAACCACAGGCCUGUACUGUGCUUUUGAGAGGUCCUUCAAAGGAUAUCCUCAACGAGAUUGAACGUAACUUACAAGAUGCUAUGGCUGUGACACGUAACGUCAUGUUCGAGCCAAGCUUAGCACCAGGUGGAGGUGCCACCGAGAUGGCUGUGAGUGUUCGCCUCAGUGAAAAGGCCAAAACGAUUGAAGGCAUACAGCAAUGGCCGUACCAAGCCGUUGCAGACGCCUUUGAGGUCAUUCCAAGAACCUUGGUACAAAACUGUGGUGGUAACCCAAUCAGAGUGUUGUCCCAGUUGAGAGCUAAACAGGCAAAGGGCGAGCAUACAUGGGGUAUCGACGGUGAUAACGGUAAGAUUGUCGAUAUGAACGAAUAUGGAAUUUGGGAGCCCGAGGUUAUCAAGCAGCAGAGUAUCAAAACUGCGAUUGAAAGUGCAUGUCUAUUGUUGAGGGUUGAUGACAUUGUCAGUGGUGUCCGUAAACACGAAUGAGCGAAGUGACUAACUAACAAAUGAACUCAAUACUCGUUUUAAUUAAAUGCUAUGUAGUUGUUACAACGAUCUCCUCCUCCUGCUGAUCGACCAUCACCUCAUCCUCGUCGUAUUCUUCGUUACCCUCACCACUCGCGUCCUCGCCUAUCGGGAAGUGUGUCUGUAUUAUCUCGAGGAUGUCGUUGAUCUCGUCCUCGCUGAACCUUUGAUCGCAUUCCUCUAUAACACUAUAUAGGCUGACCAUCGAGUACGGCGCGGAGUUGAUGAUUUGUAGCUUCUCAAUCUUCUCCAGCGAAUAUUUCGACAGAUCCUUCAUACACUCCGUUAUACUAUCAACGGACUGGAUGUGCACAGGG